CGCGGGCUGGCUGGCGUAAAUCCCCCCGGGGACAAUCAGCCUCCCCCGCCCCCCGGACCUCACACCUGCCCCCUCCCUCCUCUCGUUGAUCCUCCUUCUCUCCAUCUUUCCUUCCCUCCCUUUGCCUCCUCCUCUCCCUUUUUUCUGGCCACAUGUACCUGGGCGCCCGCCUCGGUCGAAGCCUGCGCCCUUCCCCGCUUCCGCUCUUUUGCCACUCCAUCAUGCCCCGCCGGUCGCUUUCCUCGACGCCGGCCGCUGCCCCCCCGGCUGCCGGGGCCUUGCAUUUCCGUAAUGUCCUCCUGCGCACAGUGCCUGUGAACACUGUGGCCCGUGGGAAGGUGUGCUCGCCGGGCGCGGCGGUUCGCCUUUCGCAUGCGGCCGGCGAGAACCCGGUCGCCGGGAACAUCGGCGGCCAGACCUUCCGCUUGGACCUUGGCCAGACGGUGUACUCCCUCUGUGCCGGGACUGGCCUCACUGCGCCGCGAGUGAUCGCACAAAACAUCGGCGAUCUGGCCGAGAUUGGUCUUCGCCCAGAGGACCUGAAAUCCCCCCAGGCAGCAGCUCUCCUGUCGCUGUCGGAACCCAGCCCCGACAGCGCGCCUGAGCAGCCCGGGCCAGCCCCGCAUCGCAAUUUGACCACCGGGGCGGAGCCUCAUGCGCAUUGCUACUCCGGCUACCAGUUUGGGUACCAUGCCCUGCAGCUCGGCGACGGCCGGGCCAUUUCUCUUGGCCAGGUCCAGGGAUGCGGCGCACCGGCUCCAGUCGCUGGGUCGAUCUUCGCUGCCAGCAAACCCACCCCCCUGCCGAGCGAUCCUCCCUCAGUCUUCGAGGGGCUUGUCGAAGUCCAGGUCAAGGGUGCAGGGCUGACCCCCUAUUCGCGACAGGGCGAUGGCCGAGCGGUCUACCGGAGCUCUGUUCGGGAGUUCCUCUGCUCGGCAUUCAUGCGUGCGGUGGGAGUCGCCUCGACCGGCGCGCCGGUGCUGAUGCUCGGCGAGGACUUCGCCUUCCGCCAGCCGGAGCCCAACUCCGGGGCCGUGUUCGAGAUCUGCUGUGGUCUAAUGCGCACCGCGGCUCCAUCUCACUUGCGCAUCGGUUCCUUCGAGGCGCUAGCCUUUUCCCGGAAGACCCCCGCCCCAGCCGGGUCGGCCCUCCUGCGCACCGCCAUCCUGCAGGAUCCUGGCAUGGAUGAGGGGCUCACCGAUCUCGAGCGGCAGGCAGUGAGGUAUGUCCGUCGACUGGGCGUCGACCGGGCUGACGGCCUGGCCGGUGCCCCGGGCCCGGAGCCUCCCCUGCGUCUGACCGGGACACCGGAGUCCCCGGCUGCCGCAGCCGCCCUAGACCGGGUCCUAGCACGGGUGCUGGUGCGUGCGGCUGCCCGGCGCAAUGCUCGUCUGGUGGCCCAGUGGCAGGCGGUGGGCUUCAUCCAUGGCGUGCUGAACACGGACAACGUCAGCAUCCAUGGCCUGACCAUCGACUAUGGGCCUUUCUCCUUCGUGUCGCAGUAUGCCCGCAAUGCCAGCGGGAACCUGAGCGACUCGUCCGGGGUGUAUGCCUUCGACUGUCAGCCGGAUGUUGUCCGGCGCAAUGUCCUUUCCCUGGCGGCGCAUCUCCGGCGAAGCCUUUUCCCCCAGGUGGAUCCUGCCCCGGGUGCCGAUGAUUUGGCAGCCCUCCUGGGCAACCUCCCGGCCGAGUACGGUGUCGAGGCGCACCUGGAUGGCGAGGAGCUCCUUGGCGUGGCGCGUGACACUUUUGACCGGCACUUCCGCCAAGAGGAGGAUCGCCUCCACCAGGCAAAGUUUGGCCUUGUAACAGCCGUUAGUGAGGAUGACCGGCGCCUUUUCCGAGAUUUCUACCACCUACUUCAGGAGACUGGCAGCGACAUGACCACGGCCUUCCGCCUGUUGGCGUGUAUCCCCUCCGGGUUUGAAUCGGGCCAGGAGCGCCAGGAGUUGGCUCGCCUCGCCCAGCUCGAUUACCCGGAGGCCCUCCUGGCUCCGGCUGCGGCGGCUGCCAUCCGGGAAGCGGCUACCAGUGCCCCGUCACCGGCCGACCCGGCUUCGGUCGAUGCCAUGGUCCGUCGUGUGCUGCUCAUUCUGAAGCAUUCGCGUUCGGCCAAUUGGCGAGUCGAAGCUUUGGUGGCCGACUUGGCUGACCGGCUGGCCUCGUCCGGAGCUGACCCCGUCCGGCCGACUGGCACGCCGGAUUUGGUGACCUACCUGCUGGAAACCUUCCCUGCGUUGGCCGAUGACCGGGCGGCCACUAUGACCUCCCUCAUGCCGGGGCACACGCUGGGGCGCAUGGUCGCCGUGCUGCAAACGCACCGCCAUCUGCUUCCGGCACAUUAUGCGCCGGAGGAUGUGGCGCAUUUUGAGCGUCUCUUUGACCAGCUUGCUGCUCUGCCCGACGAGAAGGAGGCCCUAGAUGAGGCAUUUGACCGGCAAUGGCUCGAUUGGAUCGCCCGCUACCAGGCUCGCCUUGGCCGCGACCAGCCAUCUAGCUUGACGCGCGCCGAGAAAAUCCGCCAAGCGGCCGUGCGCAUCAUUCCCCGGCACCAUACGCUGCAGCGGCUGAUCGCCGCAUCUGCCCCCCUCUUUGAGGAGCGCCCUGCUGGCACCCUGUUUUCGGUGGAUGUCGGUCAGUCGGAUGCCGAGCCUUCCUUCGUGCUUACAGCCGACUGUCGGCCCGAGCUGCUGGCCCAGUAUCAGGCCCUGCUGACUCGGCCCUUCGACAUGCCGAGCCCGGAGCUCUACUCCGGGGUUGAAGGAUCGUCGGAGGCCGAAAGCACCGGCCGAACGAUUGCCGUUGGCUGGGCCGCGUAUGGGCCCCCGCGACAUGGUCUCGAUGACAUGCGCUGUGCCCUGAGCUGCUCUUCUUGA